AUGCCCGCCAUCCAAAUCCUCGGCCCCAAAACCCACCCCACCGUAACCCUCAACCCAGCCCACCCCCUCCCGCCCCACGACCCCUCCGCCGUGCUCAUCCGCGUGCACGCCGCCGGCCUCACGGCCGACGAGCUCUCCUGGCCCGAGCUCUACACCAACCCGACCCGCAUCCCCGGCUGCGACGUCUCCGGCACCGUCGUCGCCCUCCCCACCACCGGCACCACCACCAACCCCCCUUCUGUGGUUACCACCGCCACCGGCCGCCCCCUAAACAUAGGCGACGCCGUCUACACCAUGCAGCCCGCCAACACCGGCAGCGGCCAAGCCGGCUACGCGUACGCCCUGCCGCAGCACGUCGCGCACAAACCCUCCACCCUGACCCACGCGCAGGCGGCGGCCCUGCCCAUCCCCGUGCUAACUGCCUGGGAAGGGCUGUUCAAGCGCGCCGGGGCUAGCGCGGUGCCGGAGCGUGGUGGAAGGGUGCUGGUCACGGGGGCGUCGGGGGCGGUGGGGCGGACGGUGGUGCAGCUGGUGAAGGGGGAGAUGGGCGGGGUGGAGGUGGUGGCGCUGGCUUCGGGGCCCAGGGGGGAGGAGGUGAGGGGGUUGGGGGCGGAUGUGGUGGUGGAUUAUGGGGUUGUGGGUUGGGAGAGGGCGGUGGGGAGGGUGGAUGUGGUGUUUGAUGUUGUGGGCGGGGAGGUGUUGGAGACGGCGUGGCGGGUGGUGAGGGAUGAGGGGGUGUUGGUGACGGUGUCGGAUCCGCCGCCGGCGUGGGGGUUUGAUGAGACGGUGGUGCCGCCGGAGGUGGAGGGCCGGCCGGGGCUGAGGUAUGUGUACUUCAUUGUGUCGCCGGAUGGGGAGGCGCUGGAGAAGGUGGCGGGUUUGAUUGAUGAGGGCGCUCUCCAGCCUCUGCCGGUCGUGGAGUUCCCUCUGGAGAAGGCGGUGGAGGCGUGGGAGUUUGCGAAGCAGAGGGGUCGUCAGGGCAAGGUGGUCAUCAACUUUGUGGAGGACAACUAA